AUGCCCCAGACACCCGCCGAUCUCGUCGUGCUGCCGCGCAGCCUGGCGAGUGCCUUCCGCUGCCUCCAGGAUGUGCCGAUUCUGCAUCUAGCAGAGGUGACUAAAAUCAAUCGUCGUGGCAAACGUCAGCGGCGCAUCAUCGUCGUGGCGCCGGCGCACGUAUAUUCCUGCAUGGAGAACGGCAGCAUCCAGCGCUGCGUCGCGGUGCACGCCAUUGCGGCGGUGCACACGUGGAGUGGCGAGGGCGGCCCGCAUAUCGGACUGAAGAUCCCCGACGAGUACGACAUGCUGCUGGGCGUCGGCACCGUCGCGGAGGUGGCGGCACUCGUUGCGGCCCUGCAGACUGCCGCCCGAAACGAUGCAAACAACAACGGCAGAAAUGAGUUGCAAAUUGUGGAGGAAACAGAGAUGAUUAGCGCGGCGGCGUACCGGCUGGAGCGGCCAAAGGGUUUCCAGCGAACAAUGGCCAGUACGCUCCACUGGUGCCUUGGAAGCGUUGGUAACGUGCCUGCUGUGGGGAGGGAGCGUGAGCCAAGCAAGCCCACACCGUUUGUUUCCGCCAACAGUGAAGAUAUUUUCGUGGUGCCCGCCGCUGCACACACAGCAACGAAUGCAGAGGGCACCACCGCCAUGUGGGAGGCCGCGCUGCCGUUGGAUGACGGGCUGCUGGACGCUACGCACGCCAUGUGGGGCAGUGGCAUUGACUACAGCGACGACGAGGAUACCGAGAAUGUCCCUUCUGUUCCUUCCCCUGCCCCUGCAAUAGUGGAGGAGACAAGAGCGAGAAUCAGAACAGCACCCGAUGUUACUGCCGCCGCUGUGGGACCCGGUUGCCGCGGUCGCAGCAACAGCCACGAGAACAAUAACACCGCAAUGAGGCUGAUGGAGGUGCAAACGCAACUGGAGGAGUCGCACACCACCCUUCAGACUGUGCGCCGCAACCGAGCGGAGGAGCGGGCGCAGUGGUGCCUGCUGCUCGCGGCGGAGCGCCGAAACACGUAUCAACUGCGCCAGACCAUCGCUGACUUGCAGGCGCAGGUGAUUGUCCUCACCUCGCAGAACCUCGCAUUACGGGAAGAAGCGUUCAAGCGCUGCAUCGUGUGA